AUGCUCUCCCCCAUACCAAAUCUUGCUUCUACUUCUUUGGAGGAAGCCAAUGCUCUUCUUAAAUGGAAAGCAAGCCUUGAAAUCCCAAACAACUCCUUGCUCUCUUCAUGGCUUCCCCACCCUUCAAAUUCCAAUGCAUCAAUUCCAUGCACUUCAUGGUUUGGAGUAGUUUGCAAUGCUAAUUGGAGGAUUCAGAGGUUGAGCCUCAGUUCAUCUGGCUUAAAAGGUACACUCCACCAGUUUUCAUUCUCUUUGCUACACAAUCUUACACAUCUUGAUCUCAGUGUAAACAACUUCACCGGACCCAUCCCAUCACAAAUCCAACUCCUAUCCAAACUUGUUUAUCUUAAUAUUUCAUUGAAGAACUUUUGUGGAGUAAUCCCACGUGAAAUAGCAAAUAUUCGCCAGCUAACCGACUUGGACCUUUCCAAAAACAAUCUAAUUGGUUCCAUUCCACAAGAAAUAGGAACCAUGGUGUCACUUAAGGGCAUAAGCCUCGCUUUAAACCAUAUAUCUGGCUUAAUUCCUUCAUCAUUGGGUGAUCUAACAUCUUUGAAUAUCCUUUAUUUGUUCUAUAAUAAACUCUCUGGUUGCAUUCCCAGUGAACUUGGGAAUUUGAAGUCUCUCACUGAUCUUGAGUUGAGCCUAAAUCAACUUAGUGGUUCUAUUCCUUCAUCACUAGCAAACCUCAGCAACCUACAACGUCUGUUCCUCGUUUCAGGUUCAAUUCCAGAAGGACUCGGAAGGUUAGAUUUGAUUAAGCUAGAAUUGGAUGACAAUCAGUUGUCUGGCAAUUUGCCUGAUGAUCUGUGUCAUGGGGGGAUGCUUCAAAAAUUGACAGUAUCAGGUAAUCAACUCACUGGUCCUAUUCCAAGAGGUUUAUUGAAUUGUCCUAGCUUAAUAAGAGUUCGUUUUGAUCAUAAUCAAUUAAGUGGAAAUAUAUCGAAUAGCUUUGGGUUCUAUCCAAGCUUAGCUUACCUUGAUAUCAGUCACAAUCAUUUUCAUGGGGAGCUUUCUCAAAACUGGAGUAAAUGCAAGAAUUUAACAGUCUUAAAUAUGGGAUACAACAACAUCAGUGGUUACAUACCUCGAGAGUUUGGAAGUUCAACUCAACUAAGAAAGCUUAAUCUUUCUUCAAAUCAUUUUAUUGGUGAGAUCCCAAAGGAGUUGGGGAAGAUGACAAGUAUGUUGUAUUUGUCUUUGGCUGAUAACCAUCUUUCAGGUAUUAUACCUCCAGAGCUUGGAUCACUGCAUGAUCUCCUUGCUAUCGAUCUGUCCUCAAAUAGAUUAAAUGGCUCGAUACCAAGAAGUGUUGGCAAUUGGACACACAUCUACAACUUGAAUCUUAGGAACAACAAGCUCAUUGAUAAAAUUCCAUCUGAGAUUGGUAAAUUAGUUCAGCUUACAGAACUUGAUUUAUCUCAGAAUUUGCUCAAGGAAGAGAUACCAUCUGAAGUACAAAGUUUGCAAAGUUUGCAAAAAUUGAAUCUAUCACACAAUAGACUGUCUGGUUCUAUUCCUGAUUCUAUUAAAAGUUUGCCACGUGGGACUGAUAUCGACUUGUCUUACAAUGAGCUCACAGGUCCAGUUCCCACUAACACUAACUUUGUGAAUGUGUCCAUAGAAGGCAAUCUACAUUUGUGUGGAAAUUUUACAGGACUAAAAUUUUGUGCAAGUCAAAUCUCGAAGAAGAAAAAUGAUCCCUUUCAUCAUCAACUCAUCCUUGUAAUUAUGCUCCCUCUUAUCGGGGCAAUUUUACUUGGUUUUUUCAUGUGUGGCCUCAUUGCUUAUCGAAAACGAAAGAGACAUUCUCCACAGAAACCAUUGGACAAAGAAGGUGGUGAUUAUUUCUCCAUAACAAGCUUUGAUGGAGGAGUAGCGUAUGAUGACAUCUUGAAAGCAACAAAUGAUUUUGAUGAAGCAUACUCUAUUGGAACUGGAGGAUAUGGGAUUGUGUACAAAGCCGAGCUACAGCCUAACAAUGUGCUAGCUGUCAAAAAACUUCACUCAUCAUCUGAGAAUGUUGAUCAUAAUGGAUUCCUUAAUGAGGUAGGAUCAUUAACGAACAUAAGGCAUCGAAACAUAGUAAAACUCUAUGGAUAUUGCUCCCAUGUUCGCCACUCAUUUUUGAUUUAUGAAUACCUUGAAAAGGGAAGCCUUGGAUCAAUCUUAAGAAGCGAUGUCUUAGCAAAGGAAUUGGAUUGGUUGAAAAGGGUCAAUAUUGCACAUAUUUCUGAUUUUGGCACAUCCAAGCUUUUAAAGCUAGACUCAUCAAACUGGACCGCAAUUGCAGGCACCUAUGGUUAUAUCGCGCCAGAGCUUGCUUAUACAAUGGUGGCAACCGAGAAAUGUGAUGUGUUUAGCUUUGGGAUUGUUGCACUAGAAGUGAUCAUGGGAAAGCAUCCCGGUGAACUACCAACAUUGUCUGCUGAUUAUCUGGUGUUAGCAAAUGUAGGAGAUAGUCGGAUUCCACUUCCAUCGCCACAAGCUGAGAAACAAGAUAAGUUGGUGUUGAGUCUCUCAAGAGCAUGUUUGAACUCCAAUCCAAACGGAAGACCAACAAUGCGCCAAGUUUCAAAUCUAUUGAUGAAGGAUCUGCUUUAAAUUGACAUUUGUUGUCUGAUCGAUAUAGUGUACUUUCAAUGUUCUUUACUUUUAUCAAGUUCCCUAUAUGCAUCAUG